AUGGGCGACCCCAAUAGACUUUCGGAUGUCUUUGAUCUUGAGAAGAACAAAAAGCGAAAGGUAGCUAAUCGAGUCCAUAGUAAGGUUUACAACCAGGUCCAACCGAUUUCUUUGGGCCAGCGUCGAGGGAAUGUGUCAGGCAGCCAACGCAGUUUGUCAGAGAAGAGGAAGACCAUGUCUGACAAGGAGAGGACGGAGCUUUUACAGAAGAUAAUUGAGGACAAAGAUCAAAAAUUUCCGUCAGGAAUGCGGGAGUUUUUAUUAGGAUGCUUUCAGUUAGCAGAGCUCAAUAAGUUUGACCAAAAUAGCAGCGUAAUUUUAGUUCAACAACUCAAGGACUUGAUAGGGAAAGCUUACGAGGAGAAAAAGGAAUACCGUAAUGACUGGUGGUCUCAAACUUUGCCUUGUUUGACCAAGGCCAACUCUGAGCUACAGCUAGUUUGCGACAAAAAGGGCCACAUGCAGAAUACACCGAGUGAUGCGAUACCAAAGGUGCUUCGACCACCGCCACCGCCUCCUCCUCCUUCGGAUAUGCUGCCAAAAAGACCGCUACCGCCCAAGAAUAAAGAUAAGGUUUCUAAACCAGUGUCAUCUAAGAAUAGCCGACUAUCAGCUACAAAGGGCCCCUCAGAAGCCGAAAGAAGAAAGCUACGAAUGGAGCGAUUUUCUUCAGAUGCUGUUCUGGGUAGAAGCAGUAAAGUACAAAGCGACGAAAAUUUCGCGAACUUGAACGCAAUAUCAACUAACUUUUAUAAGUUUGACAAGAACAAACCGGUAGUAGGGCGAUGCCAGACGCUCGAAAAGAAAUAUUUGCGACUAACCUCGGAGCCAAAUCCAGAUCUCGUUCGUCCGCUGAGUGUCUUAAAAAGGGCAUACGAGCUUGUUCUACAAAAAUUUAAACAUGACGGGGCUUCAUACUCAUACCUGUGUGACCAAUUCAAAUCUCUACGGCAAGAUUUGAGGGUGCAAAUUAUAGAAAACCAGUUCACACUCAAGGUUUACCAAACGCAUGCCCGUAUCGCGCUGGAGAACGAUGAUAUCGGGGAGUUUAAUCAAUGUCAGAGCCGGCUCGGGCAUCUUUUUGAGCUCCCAAAUCUUGCAAAAUCGAAUUUGGAGGAGUUUGUGAGCUACCGAAUUCUCUACUAUUUGAUGACGAAUAAUCAUAAUUCCAUCAAUGAGCUAAAACUCAAGUACUCAACCAAACAACAUCUUGCUGUCUACAGACACCCAAUGGUGAGGCAUGCCUUAGCAAUGGCUAAAUCACUGUUGAUGGGAGAUUACCACUGUUUUUUUAGGCUAUAUGCCAAAACUUCUGGACCAUCGCGGUGUCUGGUUAACAUCUUCAUAAAUCGUGAGAGACUGCGAGCUCUUGCAACAAUUUCAAAAAGCUAUAACCAGGUUCCAUUGGAAUUCUUGUUUGCAGAAUUUCAGCUUGAUAACCACGAUGCAGGCAUAUCUUUCUUAAAGAAGCUUGGUCUUGACGAGCAUAUUCUAAUCAAAAAUGAGACCCAACAAGAGACGUCCUUUCUUAACACCAAGUCUUGUAGAUUAUCCAUCAUACAGCAGUACGAGAAAGCUAAAAAAGUUGAUAUAAAGGGUCAGAUAUAG